AUGCGGGUCAGGAUGCUCUCGGCUGCCUCCGUCCUCGUCCUGCUCUUCCUGCCCUCGGAGACCUGCUCCCCCCUGCAGCGGCCGUGGGGUCCUGCCCCACACCCCCCCUGGGAGCCUUGGUCCGGCCCCCCGCGCCCCACCGCGGCCCCGCUGCCCCAUAGACUGUACCAUCGGCGGGGGGGGGCCGAGCCCAGCGCCGAGCCCAGAGCCCCUCGGACCCCGCAGCAGAGGGACAGCAAACCCAGCUCGUUGGACCUCACCUUCCACCUCCUGCGCCAGUUCCUGGCCAUGUCCCGACGGGAGCGGCUGGAGCAGAAGGUGCUGAGCAACAAACUCCUGCUGCAGAGCAUCGGGAAGUGA